CGGCUGGCAGCGGAGUCGCACUCAAAAUUUCCGGACCUGGCCUGACUCAAAUCAAAAACAGAACCUUGGACCACGCGACACCGGCCCGAAUUUUUGCAGGUUCCUUUCGGUGUGCGACGACAAUUCGAUUCCCACGGUUUGACGCUGGGCGUGCCAAACAGACCUCGGAAUUACACACAAGUCUCGGAACAACAUGGCUGACACGUCGCUGCCCAAGACCAUGGCCGAUCUCGCCGUCUCCAAAACCAAGGAGCUGAAGGGUACCGAGAAACGAGACAGCCUCGUCGAGAUCGAGAAGAAAUACCAGCGCAUGUGGGAAGAGAAGGGCGUUUUCGAGGUCGACGCCCCGCCCAUCGACGAGUUCCCCCUCGGCUCCAUCAGCCCCGACGAGCUGCGCGAGAAGUUCCCGAAGUUCUUCGGCACCAUUGCCUACCCCUACAUGAACGGCCGUCUCCACGCCGGCCAUGCCUUUAGCUUCAGCAAGAUCGAGUUUCACACGGGCUUCGAGAGGAUGCGGGGCAAGCGCGCCCUAUUUCCCCUCGGCUACCACUGCACCGGCCUGCCCAUCAAGGCCUCCGCCGACAAGCUGGUCAAGGAAGUAGAGAUGUUUGGCAAGGAGUUUGAGCGCUACAAGGAAGAGGACGAGGUGGUGGACGAUGCCGCGGCUGCUGCCCCGACGCAAAAGGGGCCAAAGGAGGACCUGACCAAGUUCAAUGCCAAGAAGGGCAAGGCCGCCGCGAAGACGGUCAAGGCCAAGUACCAGUGGCAGAUUUUGAACUCGGUCGGCAUUCCGCUUCAGGAGAUCCACCACUUCGCAGACCCGCAGUACUGGCUGCAAUACUUCCCUCCGGAGUGUAAGAAGGACUUGACAAACUUCGGCGCGCGCAUCGACUGGCGCCGCCAAUUCGUGACGACCGACGCGAACCCGUACUACGACGCCUUUGUGCGCUGGCAGAUGGUCCGGCUGAAGGAGCUGGAGAAAGUCAAGUUUGGCAAGCGUUAUACCAUCUACUCCAUCAAGGAUGGCCAGCCUUGCAUGGACCACGACCGGAGCGAGGGCGAAGGUGUUUUGCCACAGGAGUACACUGCCCUGAAACUCAAGGUUCUUGAGUGGGCACCCCAGGCCGCAGAUGCGGUCAAGAGCAAGAUACCCGAGGAUGCCUCGGUCUACCUCGUCCCCGCGACCCUCAGGCCCGAAACCAUGUACGGCCAGGUCUGCUGCUUUGUUGGUCCGAGUCUUACCUACGGUGUGUUUAAGGCCUCUGAAAAGGAGUAUUUUGUCAUCACCGAGCGGGCUGCCAGGAAUAUGGCCUACCAGGGCAUCUUCGAGAAGGACGGUAUCCCAGAGAAGGCUGCGGACAUCAAGGGUUUUGAGCUCAUCGGGACCCUGGUGCAUGCGCCACUCAGCUUCCACCCCCAGGUCCGUGUGCUCCCUAUGGAGUCUGUUCUGGCAACCAAGGGCACUGGUGUGGUCACAUCGGUACCUUCUGAUUCUCCGGAUGACUUCGCCAUGGUUACCGAGCUCGCCAAGAAGUCUGAAUUUUACGGCAUCAAGAAGGAGUGGGCCGAGUUGGAGAUUUUCCCCAUCAUUCAGACGCCGACGUCCGACUUGUUGGCGCCGUAUCUGGUCAAAAAGCUCAAGAUUGCCUCGCCCAAGGACGCCAAGCAGCUCCUCGAGGCCAAGGAGCUCGCCUACAAGGAGGGCUUUUACCAGGGUGUCAUGAAGGUGGGAGACUUCAAGGGUGAAAAGGUUGAAGUUGCCAAGCCCAAGGUCCGGGAGCAGCUUAUUAAGAAGGGCGAGGCUUUUGCCUACUCGGAGCCCGAAAACAAGGUCGUGUCGAGGUCUGGUGAUGAAUGCACGGUCGCCCUCCUCGAUCAGUGGUAUUUGGAUUACGGUGAGGAGAACUGGCGCCAUACCGCACUUGACUAUGUCGAGAACAAGUACGGCAAUGGCCUCGAGACAUACUCCCCCGACACUCAGCACGCAUUUAAGGGUGUGCUCAACUGGCUCAACCAGUGGGCUUGUGCGCGGACGUACGGCCUCGGUUCCAAGCUUCCUUGGGACCACAACUUCCUUGUCGAAAGCUUGAGUGACUCGACCAUCUACAUGGCCUACUACACUAUUGUUCCUUGGCUUCACCGGGAUCUCUUCGGUCGGACAAAGGGCAAGGGCAACAUCGCGGCCGAGCAAAUGAUUGACGAGGUAUGGGACUACAUUUUCUGCCGGAUUCAAAUGUCGGACGAGCUCGUCGCCAAGUCUGGCAUCCCCAAGGAGACUUUGGAGGGCAUGAGGAGAGAUUUUGAGUACUUCUACCCGCUCGACAUCCGUGUCAGCGGCAAGGACUUGAUCCCGAACCACCUUACCUUCUUCCUGUACAAUCACAUUGCUCUCUUCCCCCGCGAGUACUGGCCACGCUCGGUCCGGGCCAACGGCCAUCUGCAGCUGAACGGCGAGAAGAUGAGCAAGUCGACCGGCAAUUUCAUGACUCUCAACGACGUCGUGAGUAAGUACGGUGCUGACGCGGCUCGCGUGGCGCUUGCCGAUGCCGGUGACGGCAUCUCAGAUUCCAACUUCGUCGAGGACGUGGCGGACAACACUAUCCUGAGGUUCUACACCAACAAGGAGUGGAUCGAGGAGACUAUCAAGGACGAGAACCUCAGGACCGGCCCGCUCAACGACUUCCAAGACAUCCUCUUCGACAACGAGAUGAACGCGCUGGUGCACGAGGCCGAGAAACAUUACCACGAAACAUCGUACAAGCUGGCCCUGAAGGCGGCCCACUACGACUUCCUCAACGCCCGCGACUCGUACCGCGAGGCCUGCAACGCCGCCGGCAUCCCGCUCCACAAGGACCUCGUACUCAAGUACAUCCGCCUGCAAGCUCUCGUGCUCACUCCGAUCGCUCCGCACUGGGCCGAGUACGUGUGGCUUGAGAUCCUGCACGAGAAAGCGUCGAUCCAAUUCGCCGCCUGGCCCCAAGUGCCCCCCGCGGACCCGGCCCUGACCGCGGCGCGCGAGUACGUCCGGCAGACGUCGUCCAACAUCAACUCGGCCGAGGCGGCGCAGCUCAAAAAGAUGGCUAAAGGCCGCCAGAGCGACUUCGACCCCAAGAAGCCCAAGAAGCUGACCGUUUUCACCACGGCGUCGUUUCCGGCCUGGCAGGCAAAGUAUAUUGAGCUGUUGAAGGAGGUGUGGGACGCGCGGACCAACAGCCAAAAAGUCGACGACAAGGAGCUCAACGGGCGGAUCGCCAAGAUGGGCGAGAUGAAGAAGGCCAUGCCUUUCGUCCAGGCGCUCAAGAAGAGGCUGCGGGAUGGCGAGCCUGCUGAGGCGGUGCUUGAGCGGAAGCUGGCUUUUGAUGAGGCCAAGACGCUUUUGGCAAUGGUGCCUGGCCUGAAGCGCGCGGCCGGUCUCGAGUCGGUGCAGAUCCUCGCUGUCGAAGAGGGCAGCAAGACGGGCAAAGACCUGACCAACGGCGGCGCCGAAGUCGAGGUCAAGGCGCCCGUGGUCGAAUCGGCACUGCCGGGUCAGCCGAGCUUCUUCUUUGAGAAUGUUUAGGCUGGGAGAUGUGUGGGGUGCGUGCGUGUCAUGUGGAGGACUGGACAUGUUAGGAAAAGGGCAUGUGCGUGUUAGCCUCCUAGCAUAGCGAAGGGGCAAGUGAAAGUGGAACGAUCUUGGACCGCGGUGGCGCACUAGUAGACUUCCUUACGAGACAUUCCAUCGUGCAUCGGAGAGAAUGGCGCGAAGUUGCCCUACCUUCCAUUACACAGGCUCGACAGGGAAACGAGCGGUUGCAUCGUCCACGCGACUGAUGGAGCUGGUGGGUAGUUAGGUGUCAGAAGGACGUCAAAUUGAGGUAAUGCCAACUCUCUCCAUUUAAAAUACGGUAGUCGGUCUUGGAGAAGGACGAAGUUGAGACGAAGUCGAAGCGUCACGUUGGUUAUGCGAGCCAAGC